AUGGCAGUGCCCCUGACCGACAGCGAAAAGCGGAAGCAGAUCAGCGUGCGGGGCAUCGCCGGGCUGGGCGACGUGGCCGAGGUGAGGAAGAGCUUCAACCGGCACCUCCACUUCACCCUGGUCAAGGACCGCAAUGUGGCCACUCCCCGAGACUACUUCUUCGCGCUGGCUCACACCGUGCGCGACCACCUGGUGGGCCGCUGGAUCCGCACGCAGCAGUACUACUAUGAGAAGGACCCCAAGCGCAUUUAUUAUCUUUCCCUGGAAUUCUACAUGGGUCGGACUCUACAGAAUACAAUGGUGAAUCUGGGUCUCCAGAAUGCUUGUGAUGAAGCUAUUUAUCAGUUGGGAUUAGACUUGGAAGAACUUGAGGAAAUAGAAGAAGAUGCAGGUCUUGGUAAUGGAGGAUUGGGGAGACUGGCAGCUUGUUUCCUGGAUUCAAUGGCUACAUUGGGACUGGCAGCCUAUGGUUAUGGAAUCCGUUACGAAUUUGGCAUUUUUAAUCAGAAAAUUAUCAAUGGUUGGCAGGUUGAAGAAGCCGAUGAUUGGCUACGUUAUGGCAACCCUUGGGAAAAGGCUCGUCCCGAAUACAUGCUUCCCGUGCAUUUCUAUGGUCGAGUGGAGCAUACUGCAGAUGGAGUGAAGUGGUUGGAUACUCAGAUGGUGCUUGCAAUGCCUUACGAUACCCCAGUGCCAGGAUACAAAAAUAACACUGUUAACACAAUGAGGUUGUGGUCUGCUAAGGCGCCCAAUGAUUUCAACCUUCAGGAAUUUAAUGUGGGAGACUAUAUUCAAGCUGUCCUGGAUAGAAAUCUGGCUGAAAACAUUUCCCGGGUCUUGUAUCCAAAUGAUAAUUUUUUUGAAGGUAAAGAGCUUCGACUGAAACAAGAGUACUUUGUGGUGGCUGCUACUCUCCAAGAUAUCAUUCGCCGCUUCAAAUCUUCCAAAUUUGGCUGCCGGGAUCCAGUGAGAACCUCUUUUGAAACUUUCCCAGACAAGGUUGCCAUUCAGCUCAAUGAUACCCAUCCAGCACUCUCUAUUCCAGAGCUCAUGAGAAUCCUAGUGGAUGUUGAAAAGGUGGAUUGGGAUAAGGCCUGGGAGAUCACUAAAAAAACAUGUGCCUACACCAACCACACUGUCCUUCCCGAGGCCCUGGAGCGAUGGCCGGUCUCGAUGUUUGAGAAGCUACUGCCAAGACACUUGGAGAUUAUCUACGCUGUUAAUCAGAAGCACUUGGAUAAUGUAGCUGCCAUGUUUCCUGGGGAUGUGGACCGACUGAGGAGGAUGUCUGUGAUUGAGGAAGGAGACUGUAAGAGGAUUAACAUGGCCCAUCUUUGUGUGAUUGGGUCCCACGCUGUCAACGGAGUAGCAAGAAUUCACUCAGAAAUUGUGAAACAUUCUGUUUUUAAAGAUUUUUAUGAACUAGAGCCAGAGAAGUUCCAGAACAAGACUAAUGGUAUUACUCCCAGAAGAUGGCUACUGUUGUGCAAUCCAGGUCUAGCAGAGAUCAUUGUGGAGAGAAUUGGAGAAGAUUUUCUCACUAAUUUAAGUCAGCUAAAGAAGCUUUUACCAUUAGUCAAUGAUGAAGGAUUCAUCAGGGAUGUGGCCAAAGUCAAACAGGAAAACAAAUUGAAGUUUUCUGCCUUCCUAGAGCAGAAAUACAAGGUGAAAAUAAAUCCCUCCUCUAUGUUUGAUGUUCAUGUGAAGAGAAUCCACGAGUACAAGAGGCAGUUGCUGAACUGCUUACACAUCAUCACUCUGUACAACCGAAUAAGGAAAGACCCAGGCAAAUCCUUUGUACCAAGAACUGUCAUGAUUGGAGGAAAGGCUGCUCCUGGUUAUCAUAUGGCUAAAAUGAUCAUCAAGUUGGUUACAUCCAUUGGUGAUGUUGUCAAUAAAGAUCCAGUUGUUGGAGACAGGCUUAAAGUGAUCUUCUUAGAGAAUUAUCGAGUAUCUUUCGCUGAAAAAGUGAUCCCUUCAGCUGACCUGUCAGAGCAAAUCUCCACAGCUGGCACAGAGGCCUCAGGCACAGGAAACAUGAAGUUUAUGCUGAAUGGAGCCCUCACUAUUGGAACUAUGGAUGGUGCUAAUGUGGAGAUGGCUGAAGAAGCUGGAGAAGAGAAUCUUUUCAUCUUUGGUAUGAGAGUAGAGGAUGUGGAGGCCCUGGACAAGAAAGGGUACAAUGCUAAGGAGUACUAUGACCGGAUCCCAGAGUUGAAGCAAGUGAUUGACCAGAUCAGCAGUGGAUUUUUCUCUCCUAAGGAGCCUGACUGCUUCAAGGAUGUAGUGAACAUGUUAAUGUAUCAUGACAGGUUUAAAGUGUUUGCUGACUAUGAAGCCUAUAUAGAGUGCCAAGCAAAAGUGGACCAGUUAUAUAGGAAUCCCAAAGAGUGGACAAAGAAAGUCAUCAAGAAUAUUGCUUGCUCCGGAAAGUUUUCCAGUGACCGGACAAUCACUGAAUACGCCAGGGAGAUAUGGGGUGUUGAGCCCUCAGAUGUGAAGAUCCCACCCCCUAACAUUCCCAGGGAGUAGCCUGUUCCGCCGGGGAGGUCCUGUUGGUAACAGUGCACUCAUGAGUGGAAGUGCUUCUGGUUUCUAGUUAACUUUGCACCUAAUGCAGUUUGCAGUCACUUUACCACCAGUAGAUGGUCUUAACUUUAUAAAAUAGUAUUUUCCAGAGAAGGAAGUGAUGGUGGUGAUGUUUAGAGGGAAGAUUGAGAGCAUGGCUUGUGCCUGUGCUUCCGAGUUAGUGAGGUAGCGUAGGUGCCGAGUGCUUUAGGAAUUUGUGCCCCUCCUUCCUAUUUUUCCCCUUUUCUCCCUCCCCACCCCCAAAGAAAAGCAGCUUUGUGAAGAAAAAUCCUCAGUAAUAGGAGCAUUUGACAGGUAGCUCGAUGGAUGGAGUAGUUACUCUGCCAGCUUUAUCCCGCUUGCUAGCACGCAUAGUUCUGGGGUUGCUUGUUGUCCUAUUCCUCCCUCCAGAAGACUUGUGCACUUGGGUUUGGGGCUCUGCAUUGCAACACCUGUUUUCUAUAUCAAAAUGGUCUUGAGAUAGGAGAAUAUGCAUAUCAGUAAGCGCUUUGGAAGGGCCUAUCAGAUGCAGCAUUGGAUGCCAGACUUUUUGGAAAUGAUCCAGGACUAUUAUAGUCCCCUUUGUCUCUCUCACACGUUCCGUCUCUGUCUCUCGCUCUCCCUUCUACCUCCCCUCCAUUCCCAGUGUCUUUUCUGACCUUGUAGUUAAAUGAAAUCAUUAAUAUUCUCAUAGCAUGUUAUAAUCUAUGUAGUCUUCUUUUUGUAUAAAUGAACAGGAAGGGAAAUAAUUUUAUCUCUCAAGAACUGCCAAUUAUCUAUAUUUUCAAUUGAAAAAAAAAUGAAGAUUGUGACAAGGUAGAAAAUGGGCAUCUUUCCUUUUUUUUUUGCCAAAAAAAAAAAAAAAGUGCUGAUAGGUGCACUGCUGGCCAAAUCUCAUGGUGCCAUUGUGUAAAGAGAGAUAUUUAGCAGACCGGGGCAGGAACUCUAUAUUCCAGUGUCCAGCUUCCCCAGAAACCCAGAUUCUUCUUUUGGUCCAUUCCUAUAGCAGUCAUGUAACUUCUGUCAUCAGGAAGCAUUACUGAUCUGAGCUGCAGUUUGCCUUAAAGAUUGAGUUAAUAAUGUUGGGUAGUGGCAUAAAUUCACCAAUAUUAAAUAUUUCCCUUGUUUCUUGUAUCUCUAAACACUUUCUUCCUAGUUGAAGGUCCAUAUUGGUCAGAAACACAUCUUUAGAACUUGCAAAAAUUCAUGAAAUUCUUAAUUCUUCUUGCAGAUUCUCUUACCAUUGCCUUGUAUCUACAAGCAAACAAAAACAUAGCUAUAGCUUCGUGUGGGGUCAGGACCAGCAAGUGAAUAAGGAAACAGGCAAACCUAUGGCUCAAGAGAGAGGCUCCCUUGGUCCCCAGAUGGCUAUGGUGCAGCUACUGGUCCUCUUCUCUGGGUCAUUAUCAGGGCUAUCAUUUCCUAGAAAGAAGCAGUACCACAUGAAGAACACAGCUCCGAUUAGUAGAAACAGAGAUUGCAUACUAUUUUUAAGGAUAAGACUACUUAACUGAAGAGUAGCUGGGUUUUAUUUUUUUUUCCUUGAAAAAAUAAGAAACAAAGUUUUUUCCCUUCUUUACCAACUAAAAACGUUACUUUUUAGCUUAGUAUAAACAAGUUUUUGCCACGAAUAUCUUAAACUUGUCUGGAUACUGGUAAGCCCACCCAGAUACCCAUCAACUAUGACGAUCUUAUUGGGUGUAUUGGAACUUGGCUCAUGCCUUGACUAAUGACAGUUGCAAGUAAUUGAGGGCUAUCCUGUUGAGGUAGCUGGACCUCUAGCUCAUUGGUUCACAUUUUGGGUUUUAAUCUAGACAAGAUCUGCUUCUCCCCAAUUCAUUUCUGGAGAACUUAAGUCCUACUUUGUUUUCCUUUAGUGGAAAAGGAGCUGAAUGUUCUACCUUUUUCCAAUCUGAAUAUGAGUUCACGAUUUAACUCCUAUUUUUCCACUAUUUUCUACCACAUCAUAACGGAGUGACAAAGAAUUGGAAAAUAGAGAGGUUGAUUUGAAAGCAAAUGUGGUGUGUGUUUGUUCUAUUGUAUUUCCCACGCUCCACGAUGAACCAAGACCAAAGCAUUCUCUGUGGCUAGUGGAAGUAUAUGACAUUUCAGAGUAGAUCUCAUACUGAUUGAUUUCCCAAAGUAAUCAAAGUCCACUAAGAAAAAGGUAUGGAAAAAGCUGCAGUUAACUUUUUUUGGAUCACUGGAAAGAGAACCAGUUUUAGGGGGUCAAACUCAAAUUUUAAAUUCCUUAAGGGUUAAGCCUUUAUUCUUGGAGGCUUCCUUACUUGCAUGUUGGGUAAACACAUACCUGUUACCUUCCUAUCUCUCUAUCCUUUUGUUUCUGAAUAGCCAUUUAACAAGCCAGACCAGACCCUUGGUAUUUUGGGGCCAUGAGGUUUUCCUGAUGGGGCAUUCCCUUGUCAGGGAUGCCCGAGGGGGGACUGUUGUUCCAGGAACUCACUGGGGUUGAUUUAAGCAAGAUCCUAAAGCCUGGCUUGGCCCUGGGGCAGAGCCCAAAUGUUUUCCAUCUUGGCUACAUUCAAACUCUUGUGUACACAGAUUUCUGUAUUCCAUGAAGCCAGCACUGUAUGUGUGAAGUCACUCUGUAUGUAGUGGAUCACUGUUAUUGUCUUUGUGUGUGAGAAACUGAUUAAACAAUUAUGUCAGUGGUUAAUUGGACACAUA